UCCGCAGGCGGCUGGGCAGACAUUACAUCGAUGGAUCGUUCGGGUAGGUGGGUUUGCUCCCGCGCGUGUGAUAGGGACGCGUGUGACUCUUGACCGAAUUUUUUCAAGGCCUUUGUAUAAGAGCACGUCAGGGUACCCAUCUUCUCAUUCCACAUUGGACUACUCACUUCUUUUACCAUAUAGGAGCGACAGUACAUUCUGCUCUCACCCAUUGAUACUCCAAUUGCGCUCAACGACUACUCAUUCUUACACACAACGACCAUGGCACCCAGCGCCGUCACACCCCCGAACCAUAUCGAGACUGUUACCGAACUCACCCAAGACGGUAUCAAAUCUGCGCUUCUCAAGAACGCCCCAGCACAAAUCGACUCUGCAUCGCUCACAAACUCCAUCACUGCCACACCACCAAACGAGCCCGCAAGCAAAAGCCAAGAUGUCGUCGACGCACCCCUCGCUGAACUCGAUGCCUCCAAGGUUUCCUGCACAUACACCAGUACCCCGCGCUCCGUUCCCGCUGUAGGCUCAGCAGAGAUGGCCAGCCAGAAGGUCUGCACCGACCACAUGGUGCAAGCUCAAUGGAAUGUCGAGUCCGGCUGGGCAGCACCUGAGCUGAAGCCCUACGGCCCACUGUCUCUCGCGCCCACAGCCUCAUGCCUGCACUACGCAACUGAAUGCUUCGAAGGCAUGAAGCUAUACCGCGGAUACGAUGGCAAACUUCGUCUCUUCCGCCCAGACCUGAACUGCCGCCGCAUGCUCAUGUCCACAAACCGUAUCGCUCUCCCCGCAUUCGACCCCGAGGAGCUUCUCAAGCUCAUUGUCAAGCUUUGUGCCACAGAUGGUGCCAAGUGGCUUCCCAAGGACCGACCAGGACAGUUCCUCUACAUUCGUCCCACCAUGAUUGCUUCCGACCCCGCUCUCGGUGUUGAGCGACCGAAAGAGGCUCUUCUGUUCGUCAUCCUGUGCUGCUUCGCGCCCAUGGGCGACAUGAGCGGUGGUAUCAAACUGCUCGCCUCGCAAGACGACAUGUGCCGCGCAUGGCCCGGCGGUUUCGGUUACGCCAAAGUUGGUGCCAACUACGGUCCCUCGCUGGUCGCCCAAGGCGAAGCGAGAAAGCGGGGAUACCACCAAAUUCUCUGGCUCUUCGGUGACGACUGCACCAUCACCGAGGCAGGCGCGAGCAAUUUCUUCGUCGUUUGGAAGACCAAGGAGGGAAAGCUUCAGCUCAUCACUGCUGACCUCAACGAGCGUAUUGUUCUCGAUGGUGUCACAAGGAGGUCCAUCCUGGAACUCGCCCGUUCAAGGCUCACCUCUUCCUCUCCUUCAGCCGAUUUGGAGACUCUCGAAGUUGUUGAGCGCAAGUUCAACGUCUUUGAGAUUGAGGAAGCAGCCAAGGAGGGCCGUCUUGUUGAGGCUUUCGCGGCGGGUACUGCGUGGUUCGUCGCUCCUAUUAGCCAGAUCCACUUCCGAGGAAAGGAUAUUGAGGUCCCUAUGGUCAAGGGCGACUCUGGCGCGUACGCGAGCUACUUCAAGAAUUCCCUCAAGGGCAUCAUGUGGGGUAGCGACGGUAUGGAGGGACACGAGUGGGGACGUGUUGUCGACGAGGAGUAGAUGUGUUGACACAAGUGGUGUUAGAGUUGCAUGUGCAUGGAAAAAUGGCGUUUUGUUUCUUUCGGUGGUCAUCCAUAUCUUUUCGUUAUUGAGCAAAAGCGAGGAGCAUAGGAACUGCUUAGUUGUACGUGGGUGUGAUUUCCUUGCAGUAAGGGUUGCUGAGAAUAUAGAGCCUAGAUGAUCAAUCCAUAUUCAAAUUCUACGAGACAUCACCCGCAUCAUGCUCACCAUCUCAACCUGUUACUCGCAUCA